AUGAUCGUCGUCAAGAGCAGGCUGCAGGCAACCAACGAGCACACGCGCGACGAGAACCGCUACGGCGGCACCGCGGACGCCGUGGCGCGCAUCUGGGCGGAGGAGGGUGCUGGCGGCUUCUUUGCGGGGCUGCGCGCCAAGAUCCUGCAGACCGCCCUCAACGCGGGCCUCAUGCUGGCGCUCAAGGACUCCGUCACGAGAGCCAGCGAGCGUGCGCUGCGCGCGGCCGCGGCGGCGCGGGGCGUGCGGGCGGGGGCGCUGGCGGGCGCGGUGCACGCGGUGGCGCGGUAG